GACCCUUAAGGGGAGGUCGGUCUGGAGUUGGAGUCACCGCGCGAUCGGCGUGGUGCUGUGAAUGGGCAGUACAGAGGGGAAACUGAGGCCGGGCGUCGUGGGACUCGCCCUCACCGGCCCUGGCUUCCCUCCCCUGGACCCCGGGCAUGAUCCUGAAAACCCCUGGACAUCAUUUCUUCCCGUCUCAAGAUGGAUAACAAGAAGCGCCUGGCCUAUGCCAUCAUCCGCUUCCUACAUGACCAGCUGCGGCACGGGGGGCUCUCAUCUGAUGCCCAGGAGAGUUUGGAAGUUGCAAUCCAGUGCCUGGAGACCGCUUUUGGGGUGACAGUGGAAGACAGUGACCUUGCACUCUCUCAGACUCUUCCAGAAAUAUUUGAAGCUGCCGCAAGCAAGGAGAUGCCACAGAACCUGAGGAGCCCCGAGCGAACUCCACCUUCAGAGGAGGACUCAGCCGAGGCAGAGCGCCUCAAAACCGAAGGAAAUGAGCAGAUGAAAGUUGAGAACUUUGAGGCUGCCGUGCACUUCUACGGGAAAGCUAUCGAGCUCAAUCCCGCAAACGCUGUCUAUUUCUGUAACAGAGCCGCAGCCUACAGCAAACUGGGGAAUUACGCAGGGGCCGUGCAGGACUGUGAGCGGGCCAUCUGCAUAGACCCGUCCUACAGCAAAGCAUAUGGGAGGAUGGGGCUGGCGCUCUCCAGUUUGAACAAGCACACGGAGGCUGUGGCCUACUAUAAGAAGGCCCUGGAGCUGGACCCUGACAACGAAACAUAUAAGUCCAACCUCAAGAUAGCGGAACUGAAGCUGAGAGAGGCACCCAGUCCUACAGGAGGGGUCGGCAGCUUUGACAUCGCGGGCCUGCUGAACAACCCCAGCUUCAUGAGCAUGGCAUCAAACCUGAUGAACAACCCCCAGGUUCAGCAGCUCAUGUCUGGGAUGAUUUCCGGCAGCCACAACCCCCUGGGGACUCCUGGCACCAGCCCCUCACAGAAUGACCUGGCCAGUCUCAUCCAGGCGGGCCAGCAGUUUGCUCAGCAGAUGCAACAGCAGAACCCAGAGCUGAUUGAGCAGCUUCGAAGUCAGAUCAGAAGUCGAACACCCAGUGCCAGCAACGAUGACCAGCAGGAAUGACCGCCCACCCAUUCCAGUGCCAUCGGGUUCUUCCCGGCUUACUGGAGCCUCCACACAUUCUGCCAUUUUCUCCCAUCGGAUUGCCAGAGAGGGAAGAAGAAAAAGAAAUUGGACCUGCAUGAGACGGAUUUUUAUGCUUUUUAUUUUUUCCCUUCACCCUCACCUCCCGUUUUGUACUCCCUCAUGGCUCCCAGACCCUUCUCGAAACAGAGCCAGCAAGCUGUGAAUGCAGACCAGCACCAAUCUCCAAAAACCCAGUCACUAAAGUAUUUUCUAGAAUAUUCCGGAGUGGGGAUGGUCCUCGGGGUGCUCUCCAAGAAGCUACUGGUUUUAUGUCCAGCCACAUCCGAAGCCUCUUUUUGAGUCAACCUUGGCUGCUCAGACGAGCUCACUGCCAGCCACGGUCUGGACACCAGUGUCCACCGGGCCCUCAGACCACAGGUUUUUGCAUGAGGAACUUUAGUUGCAGAUUCCUAAAGACAUUUUCAUUUCCCUGCGCCUGUUGGGAGUGGGACUGUCUCGGUGUGCCUAGGGCAGCUUUGGGGACAAUCGAACGUUUUGAUAGAUGUGCUUUUCACCCCUUUCGAUCCUCCUUCCCCAGUACUCACACCUGACAGACCUCGAGGGGCGUGAUCAUUACCUUCAGGCCUGGUCCCCAAGCCAUCCUUGCCUGCCUUUGUGUCUGGCCCAUGGACUCCCAGCGGGCUCCCCUUCCUGUUCUGGGGCCCCUGGGGCUACCCUCCUCAGCCUGCAAUUGUCGAGCAGGCAAGAGCUGCCUCCAGGGAGGGUAAACACACAAGCCAGAGCCAGGUAGCCUGCCUAAGAUGCAAGGCCACCAUGGACAUCCCUGCGUCCCCUGCUUGGGCGGGGGAUUUAGGGGCUAUCUGUUGAGUCCCCCUGUGCUGACAGCAGUGUUGGAGUCUCCCUCGUGGUCUGCAAGAUCGACCCGGUGCCGUGUGUAAUAGGAAACUAGUAGGAAGAAUGGCCACCACCAGCCACCUGCAGUGGUCACUUGGGUGGUAAGGUGGCCCUAACUCUUUAAGUGCUAGCCAUGGUGACAAAAUAACGUGUGGGGAAUAAAUAGACAUCGUGACCUCU